UAGGACUCGACGUGCCCGCGCACACCGUCGCGUGCGCGCGCGGCGACACCAGUCAAGCGGUCGUUUUGCCUCGCGCUUGCGACGCGCCUCGUGGCUCGAGGGAGUGGAGACUUCGUGAGGGCGACAGUUAAACGAAAGAUAAACUUCCCCGCGGAGUGCCUUGUUGGAGUCGUGGGAGCGCGACCGUUUUUUUUCUUGGUUUGUUUUUGUUUAUCUUUUAAAUAUAAUUAAAUAAAAUUUAAGUGUUGAGAGUUUCGGCGCGGAAUGAUGGAGAAGCUCGACUCCCGAUCCUGAGAGGAGGAGGCGCGCGGCGGCGCGAGCGGACGUUGUAGGCGCGCGGAGAGCGGAACGCCGAGGAGAUUUCGUGAAAAAGAAAGGCGACGAGAGUGGCUUUUUAGAACGGAAAAAAAGGGGGUAAAUGCGCCUGAAAUUACGUUCUAACUUGUUGUGGAAUGAACAGUGUUAGCCGGGUUUACUGUGAGUACUUGCACAAGUGGAAAAGAUUGAGGAAAACUUAGAAACUCAGACCGACUGAGUUCGACGCUUUCCUCGAUAACAUUUUUUGAAGGAAGUUUAGCCUGUACAGAAAACACUACUGCGGGAAACGCCGGAUUAACACAAACGAAAAUAUUUUAGACAAAGACUGAAAGAGGAAACUUAAAGGACAUUUUAUGGACCAUGGCAUGAUGAUGAUCACGAAGAGCUGUGGACUCGGGACUGUACGAAGAUAAAGCUCCUGUGUAAGUGACAGCUGACUCUGACUGUGGAGAUAGGUGAAGAAUUGACAGUGUCCUGUGGUGUGUGAGAGAGGCAGCUUGCUGACGCCAUGAGCUGGAGCUUCCUCACCCGCCUGCUGGAGGAGAUACACAACCACUCCACCUUCGUGGGGAAGCUGUGGCUCACUGUGCUCAUUGUCUUUCGUAUCGUGUUGACUGCAGUAGGCGGGGAGUCUAUCUAUUAUGACGAGCAGAGCAAGUUUGUGUGCAACUCAGGUCAGCCAGGCUGUGAGAAUGUUUGCUAUGACUCUUUUGCUCCACUGUCACACGUGCGCUUCUGGGUCUUCCAAAUUAUCCUGGUGGCCACACCCUCACUCAUGUAUUUAGGCUAUGCUGUCCACAAAAUUGCCCAGCUAGAAGAGAGGAGAGGUGAGGGGGCAGGAGGCUCAGGGCAUCGAAAGUCACGAAAGAUGUUCUUAGGUGCCCGUCGACAAAACCGGGGGCUGGAGGAGGCAGAGGAUGACCAGGAAGAGGACCCCAUGAUUUAUGAGUUGCCUGAGACAGAGAGUCCCACCGAGCCCCUGCCUCAGGGGAAGAACAAGGCACGGCACGAUGGACGGAGGCGGAUCAAGGAAGAUGGCCUGAUGCGCAUAUAUGUGCUGCAGCUGCUCAGCAGAACCCUACUAGAGGUGGGCUUCUUGUUGGGUCAGUAUGCCCUAUAUGGCUUUGCAGUGGCACCCAUUUACGUAUGCACAGGACUCCCCUGCCCCCACAAAGUGGACUGCUUCGUGUCACGGCCCACUGAGAAGACCAUAUUCCUGCUCAUCAUGUAUGGGGUCAGUGUAUUGUGCCUGCUCUUUGAUGUGUGGGAGAUGCUGCACUUGGGCAUCGGAACAAUCUGCGAUAUCCUGCGUCGCCGCCACUGCCCGCUAGAGGGGCGCGAGUACCAGCUGGGUUCACUGGGCCCUGGUGCGGGCAGUGGCCAAACCAGGGUUCCAGUGGGUGAGACAGGGAUUGACGGCAGUUAUGGCAGCUACCCCUUUUCAUGGAACACACCCUCAGCCCCACCAGGCUACAACAUCAUGGUGAAACCCGAGCAGAUCCAGUUCACAGACCUGAGUAAUGCCAAGAUGGCCUGCAAACAGAACCGGGCCAACAUCGCCCAGGAAGAGCAGCAGUUUGGUAGCAACAAAGACAACUUCCUUGCAGCGGACGAACGCAGCUCACUUCAGAAAGAGAUUCAGCAAACCCAGGACAGGCUAGCAGCCGCCAUCUGUGCCUACAGCCACCAGCGCCACAACAGCAACAACCACAGCAACAGCAGUCAGUCGCACUGCGACCACAAGCAGCGCUCAGGCACCAAGUACGCAGCCAACAAGGGUAGCAGCAAAGGGGGCAGCAGUAGUAACAGCAGCAGCAAAUCUGUGGAGGCAAAGCCCUCUGUCUGGAUCUAAUGGCUUCAUCUGCUCCACACACAUCCCACCUGCCUCCACCUACUGGACUUGAGCAAUAGAGGAAAAAAUCCUUCGGUAUAUGUGGUCAUGUAUCAACAGACUCAAGACAGCGCUACAUAUAAUACUUGAAUCCUGUUACUAUGAAAGCAUGUUUAGUGUGAAGUUGCUGCUUGCUUGAAUAAGGCUGGGUAAAAGUUGCACUUGUUCAGAAUGACAGGAAGUCUGAAAAACGGUUAUCUAGCAAGCAGCCCUCAUGGCACAAGACUCAAAAACGGGGGUGUUACCACCGCUGUGGAGAGUGAACAAAGACAGCACCAAAAACACAACACAGUGUUGUGAAUACGGAUCGCAGAAUGAGUGCUGGCCAGUGAAAAAUGUGUCCAUAUCCAAAUUUAUGUCCAUUGAACUGUGGCGGUGGAGCAGUUAGAUUGCUGUGAUUGUCGAAUUCUGACAAAGACAAGAGCCCACAGUACUCCUCUGGGAAUGUGUUUUCAGCUUAAUAUCAGGGGCCAUGUUUUUUAUACCCAUUCCAUUGUUUUCAUGUUUUCAGACUGUUGAUAUGAUUCAGUAUUGUGAGGUAGGAAGGAUGAGGAGGGUAAAGUGGAAGAUGCUCCAGCACUGUGUUUUCCAUGUGCCUUAAAGUGAUCGUGAAAUUCCAUAGGCUGGAUCAGGGUGUUGGAGAAAGUUCUUCCAGAGUAUACAGUGCUGUCCAUAUUCCCACUGCAGCACUUACUACAACUCGGUCACUGUGACAGUUUAAGCAGGCAUUGGUUCCUAUUUCUGAGAUGUGAUGGACAAAUACUGUUGAACAAAGUUAUAUAGAAACUUUUUGUCUGUUUCUCCCUGUGUACCAAGUCCUGCUCACUACUGUAUGUGGUCCCAGUUUGUAGCACAGGGUGGUCUUCCCAAAGAACAGGUAAAAUAUGCAGAUAAUUUUCCCUAAUUAUUUAAUUAGCCAUUUUAUUCUCAUUCCUUGUGCUUCAUGCUAUUUUCAACUAUAAUGCUUUGAUUAAACACCUCAGAUACAGAUUGAAACAAAGAAUACCUUUUAUGUUAUAUGCCUGUUCCAACAAAAUCCCUCACAUUUUGUUAAGAAAACAAACUCUUAAGUGACUAAAUGGCCAUCAGUGGUAGUUUGUUUACAUUGUGAACUCUGGGCCGAUGCUAUGUUUUAUGCUUAUUAAAAAGUGGAUUAACAUGGAUCUUUUUUGUGUCCCACAAUGAAAUGUAUUUGCCAGUUUUUGGUAAUAUGCAUAUUUUGAUGUGGGAAUCUCUAUUUAUCAGUUAUUAUUUUUUCAGAAGGAAGUUCCGUUACUCUUCAAGGUGUUUUUCCCUGUUUUCUGGAGCAGUGCUGUUUAUGAUCACCCUACACUGAGAUGGGCUCUUUGUUCAGUCUUGACCGUCCCUGGUGGUUAGCCAUGUAACGACACCUUAAGAGACUCCAAGCACUGUUGCUGUACAGUAACACAUCUGAUGUCUAAAUGAAGCCCUUUUCAGGAAGAAGGACAAGAGGGAAUUUGCACUCAAUCUGGUAGAUACUGUUGGUAGUAGUAGUAUAUUGUGUGCUUCUACAGCACGACUUCUCAGCCAAAAAUUACAUUUUCACUGGGAUAUCCUAAAUUUAGACAUAAUCUGGUAUGUGUGCUGUAUUUCAGAGAAUUAUCUAUUGUUUUAUAAAUAGCUGUCAAAUGUAGAAAUUCAGUCAUCUAAAUCUAAGCCUUUUCCACAUGAAGCCGAGAUGCAGUAUUAGUCACAAAGGGUUCUGUACGUACUUGGGGGAAAACUUUUGAAUUUGUACAUUUACUGUAAAACCUCUUUAUUUAUAAACCUAUUUAAAUCAGCAUAGAGAAUUUGACUUAUUCAAGUGAAGAUGCAGAGAGUGUUUUGUUAGAAUGUAAAGAAAUGAAAAAAUGUAAUGGUUACAUUUCCUAUGCUGAAAAAGAAUUCUUUUAUAUUGUGACUGUCCUGUUGACAGUUGGACAGCACUGGUGCAGGUGAGAUGAGAACAUUUCUUUCAAGUUUAAUGUGACAAAUUUUUCUAAUUUUCUUAAAGGAAACUUAUCCUUUGGAAUUUUUUUGUCUCAUGUUUGUUACUUUGCCUUCAGAUUGUUCACUUGUUCUUACAAAGGUUUGUGUUCAAGUAAUUGCAAUAAAGUACUUCUACCACAAUGUAAUGUCCCAAUUUGUCAUUAUAGAUUAUCUUAUGUCUC